AUGUUGUCGCACAUUUCCAAGAAUAAGAUUAGUUUACAAGCUAGCUCGCGUCUUACUAGACUAGCUUCCUCAACGGCUUCCGCAGCUAAAGCUUCACUAGCAUUUUCGCAAACCACCGGUGUGGAAAAAGCCGGUACUGGGCCAGCUUCUUUUAAAACUGCCAAAGUCAUUGAAAAUAAUGAAGGUGAAAAGCCAAAUGUGGUUAUUUUGGGUUCCGGUUGGGGUGCUAUUUCUUUCCUGAAGCACAUUGAUACCAAGAAAUAUAACGUUUCUAUCGUUUCUCCAAGAAACUAUUUCUUGUUCACCCCAUUGCUACCUUCUACCCCAGUCGGUACAGUUGAUGAAAAAUCUAUCAUCGAACCAGUGGUCAACUUUGCACUUAAGAAGAAGGGGAAUGUUACUUACUAUGAAGCAGAGACUACUUCGAUUAAUCCAGAUAGAAAUACUGUCACUGUUAAGACUAUCUCUACCGUGCAACAAUUGACUUCAAAUGAAAAGUUUUUGGGUAUCUCACAAGAGGAUGCAGCAGAGAUUAAGUACAACUAUUUGAUCACUGCCGUGGGAGCUGAACCAAACACUUUUGGUGUUAAGGGUGUUGAAGAGCAUGGUCAUUUCUUGAAAGAAAUUGAACACUCUCUACAAAUUAGAGAAAAAUUUGCCAAGAACUUAGAAAAGGCUAAUCUGUUGCCAAAGGGCGAUCCUGAAAGAAAGAGAUUGUUGUCUAUCGUAGUUGUUGGUGGUGGUCCAACAGGUGUUGAAGCAGCUGGUGAAUUGCAGGACUAUGUUCACCAGGAUCUGAAGAAGUUUUUGCCAUCUUUGGCUGAAGAAGUGCAAAUCCACUUGGUUGAAGCAUUGCCAAUUGUGCUGAACAUGUUCGACAAGAAAUUGUCUUCGUAUGCACAAAAGGUUUUGACUGACUCCUCAUUGAAAUUACAUUUGAGAACUGCUGUCGGAAAGGUUGAAGCCGAACAACUAGUCGCAAAGACCAAGCAUGAAGAUGGUUCGGUCACCGAAGAAACUAUUCCAUACGGUACUUUGAUUUGGGCUACAGGUAACAAGGCAAGACCUAUUGUUACCGACUUGUUCAAGAAGAUCCCCGAGCAAAACAGCUGCACAAGAGCUCUCACAGUUAACCAAUUUUUGCACGUCAAAGGUUCUAACAACAUUUUUGCCAUCGGUGACAAUGCGUUCGCUGGUCUUCCACCAACGGCUCAAGUCGCUCACCAACAGGCUGAGUACUUGGCUAAGUCAUUCGAUAAGAUGGCUCAAUUACCAGGUUUCCACGAGAAGAUUGUCCAAAGAAAAGAAAAGGUCGAUGUUCUUUUCGAAGAAAACGGUUUUAAGGGUUUUAACUACAUUCAUUACGGUGCCUUGGCUUACUUGGGUGCUGAAAAGGCUAUCGCUAACAUCACUUACGGAAAACGUUCCCUAUACACCGGUGGUGGUCUAAUCACGUUUUACAUCUGGAGGGUUCUAUACUUGUCGAUGAUCCUAUCGGCAAGAUCGAGAUUCAAGGUCAUCACUGACUGGAUUAAGUUGGCUUUCUUCAAGAGAGACUUUUUCAAGGAUUUGUGA